AUGAAGCAUCUUAGCGAUCGCUUUGACAACGUCGACCUAAAGUUCGACGCCUCUCGUCGCCUGGCGGAUCUGUAUCAGAGGAACAUGCCGUUCACUGAAUUUGAGGUCGAGCUGACCAAGCUCAUGGACCGAUGCAACUUCGACCCCGCUAUGAAGCUUUACUACCUUCGUAACAAAAUCAACAAGCGUCUUCGCGACGCCUUGGUUCACCGUGAACAACCCCCCGGCAAAAGCGAGUUCGUCAAGUGGCUCGACCUUUGCCGUCUCGUGGCCCGCAAUCUCGAGGACGCCGACCAUCGCAACAAGUUAGCCAGUCACUUUUACAAAGCAGACACCAACAGUAACACCGGUAAUGGCAGCGGCAACAGUGGCAACCAGAUGGACCUCGACGCUGUCGGCCUUGCCGGCAUCAUUCACCAGGAGGUCCUUGACCAGCGUCAACGUGACGGCCAGUGCCGCCGUUGCGGUCAGCCCGGCCACAUCGCUCGUGGCUGUAUCAAUUCCGUCAACUAUGGUUCCAAGGGCCGCCAGGACGGAAAGGAGUCUAGAAAGAAGAACCGUGGUGGCCGCGGAGGUAAUCGCGGAGGCGGCAACACCAGUGAUCAGCAGGCCGAGGCCCGCGCCGCUACCGCCGCUCCUGCUACUGCAGCCGCCGCUCCCGCCGAGUACUACAACGAGCCGGGAAAUGCCUACCCUCUGUGCCCAGUCGCGUACAGAGGCCUGACCGGUUACCAGCGUUGUGGAGACAAGUUUCAGACUCAUCAUCAGAGGCUAGUCCUGACUUUACCUCUGGUAGAGGAAAUCCCCAGACCCAGGAGAAGAAAAGUGAAGAGCUACCCCCUCGAGAACUUGAGGAUCUCGAGCGAACCCAGGACCGUGAGCGCCCCCCUUAAAGCACUCGUAGCCAGCCGGGCCGGGACCAAGGUCCAGGGUAUCUCCGGCACGGCCGCCCUCCUCGUCAAAACCAAUAAUCCCGCGCUUCACGAACUACACACCCGACUCAACGGCAAACAUGUGUCCACGGACACGCGCCGCACUCUCAUCCGCAAGUCUGCUGCGGUAGCCGGCGACUUCAACCCCAACGACAUUCAGGAGCUCAACGCUGCCACGUUCAACUAUAUCUGCGAGAAGCGUGGGUUGCAGGCGUUUGUCACAAGUUAUGCCCAGCCGGAGCGUCUGGCCGGUAUUGCAGAGGCACGGGGCUUGGACCUGACCGAGGAGAUGGUCAAUAACAUUCUGGAAGGAGAGGGAGAACAAUACAAGGACAGUCUUCCCCCCGGCCUUCAUAGUUUUAUUGAUAGUUUGGCCGGCAAGGCCGCCUCACAGGAUGAACAAGACGCUGCCCUUAUCGCCCGAACGAUCAUCCUUACAGAGAACUUUGACACCGACGCGCCCGUUUGCGAAGAGACAAUCCGCCGCGUUCAGCUUGCUAAGAUAACCGAGGAGGACGCCAGAAAGUUCCUCGACAAAGCAGACAGGCCCGACAAGACCGACGAGGAGACCAGGGCUAUGCUACCGAGCGUUUAUCACGAUCAGAUCGCCGCUUUCCAGCCGGGUCGCGCCAACGAGGUGCCUCCCAACCGUUCUUAG